AUGUCGUCCUCAGAGCUACUGUGCGUGCUUUUCGUGAGCCGAGCAUGUUGGCCAUACGGUUCGAUGAUGUGUAAAGUGACGCCUUACCUGCAGGGCGUGUCUGUCUGUGCGUCCGUCAACACUCUAGCCGCCAUUGCACUCGACAGAUACUUGGCUAUCUGCUACACUCUGAAUUACAAACUGACCGGAAAGAUAGCCCGAGUGGUGAUGGGCUGUGUUUGGGCGUUCGCCUUGUGUAUCAUGAUUCCUUGGGCUGUCUAUUACCAGCAUGACCAAUAUCGGUCAUCGAUACAAGCCAUUUACAUCUGUCGUCUUGUUUGGCCUAGCCAGGUUUCCGGGAAAUUCUUUUUGGCUGGAAUCUUCCUAGUGUGUUACACCAUCCCACUACUUCUUAUUGUCGUCUGCUACGCACUCAUCGGUUUACGGGUUUGGAACAGGAAUGCUCCAGGGAUAUUCAAAUCUAACGGAAUCAUCCACAAGUCCAAAGUGAAAGUGAUCAAAAUGCUCCUUGUCGUUGUCAUAUUGUUUGGGUUGUCAUGGUUACCGUUAUAUGCCGUCAAUCUCAAGAUAGUUUUUUCGCCGCCAUCUUUGACAGACAUGAAUACAGUGACAAUACUGUAUGAUUAUUUGGUGCCGGUUUCACAAUGGCUGGGACUAGCAAACAGUGGGAUAAACCCGCUCAUUUACUGUUUGUUUAGUAGGAAAAUCAGGACAAGAAUUAAGGUUAUGGUCACCUGUAACGAAACGCAAGAAUUUAAACGCCAGUUUAGAAAGUUUUCUAGUACGAAGUAUGUUUCCGUUGACUAUACAAAUGGUCACGUGACAUUGAGAACUCAUGGAACAGAGAAAGAAAGGAGAACAAGGUCACUGAAAUCCCUUAACAAUGUGUAUGACUGACUAGCCGCGCAUUUGUGUUUCUGUUGUAAGUAAACUUUUAAUUGGCUGGAUACGUCAUCUAUUAUUUCUGUUGCAAACAAAGUUCUGAUUGGCCAUAUACGAUAUAUUACAUCUUUUAGUAUUUUGUAAAUUACUACAUUGUAUUUUUAAAUAUGCUGAUUUUUUUCUUGAGAAGAUGCUGAUAAACACGAAAUAGGAUCCAAUCAUCUUCUCUUAAACUGUUCUGAAUGAGAGAAAAAAGGUCCAUGAACUUGUGUUAUAAAGAGAAAGGGCGAAAUUGAACCUUAAUCUAUUUAAUCUAUUUACUCAUGUGUAUUGUAAUUAUUGAUGGUGUUCGUGAAUUAACUGUUAAUUUACAUUGCUGUCGAUUUGUUUUUCAUGAUUGACUGAGAAAAAGUUAUCAAAAUGACAUUAACAUUGUAAGCAGAAUAAUCUAAUCUGUUCUUAAACAAAUGAAAUGUCAUCUUUGUUUUUAACAGCUUUUAUCACACACAAAAAAAAGUAAA